UCUAUGACAGACCAGCAGACAGCUGAACGUUUCAGUGUUUCACUGCGAAGAAUCACAACAAUAAGAAGUGCUGCUUAAAGGAACUCAACAUGGCCAUAAGUUAUUCUAGGUUAACCCAUUUGAGAUUAGCGGAAAAGUUUCGAAGAUCAUGUACGAGCACUUUCUAGUCAACGGCCCGUACCUGUUUCUUCACAAAUUUCUAAAAUAGAUCAUAAGAAGAUGAUGAAACCAGAAAAGAAAGAGGAUCGCGUUAUCUACGAACUUCCUAAAGUCUAUGUAGAGGAAAAUACAACCGGCUUGGCGCUAUUCUCUAGUAAUACCAACUAUGGCAUUAAAGUGAUUGAAGUUAUGAAUGCAAUCAAAUUCACGCCGUAUGGAUUAAGACAAACAUGGGAUCUAUUUCAAGAAGAUAAAUUGUUGAGAUCACAAAUUUAUAUAAAAGAACGAGCAGAAUUCCUGGGCCCAGAAUUAGCUACAGCUCAUUUUCUUUGUUUUCGUGGUGGAAAAGUACGUUUCCAUGGCCAAGAGGACUGGAUCACUCAAGACCCUGAUUCUGAUAUGUUAACAAGUUUACCCAAAUUCUAUGUUGAGUCAUAUAAAGUGGAGGCUGCUGACUGUUCAAAAAUGACUCUCAUCUAUGAGGGUUUGGAGAACAUGAAAAAUAUGGAGAACCUAAAGUGGCUGAGCCUGGAAGGGUGUCCACAUAUUGAUGAUUGGUGCCUGGAUAGGAUUUCGGGCGAGUAUGGCAACACACUGGAAUACCUAGACAUCCGAAACUGUCACAGAGUGACAGAUAAGGGUAUUGCAUCGCUAAGCAAAAUGAAGAAACUCAAAACACUUAUUUUGGGCGGUCACCCUGAAGCUAAAAACCUUGAACUGGUAUGUCUCAUGCUCGAGGAUAUUUUGCCUGAAAUCACCAUCAGAGGUAUCGUUUACUGCGAUGAAUCGCUACUGAAACCCAGUGAAGCUAAAGAAUAAGAAUGUACAGCCACUUGGCAAAGAAGACCCGCUCUCGUGACAGGUGGUUUUUGUCCACUCUUAGAAGUUAAAAACAAUACAUAAAUGGUAUUAUUUA